UAGAGACUACUCGAAAAGCCAUUUUUAGAAAGAAAGAAAAAAAAAAGAAAAGGAAAUAGAGUGAGGAGAGAGAGAGAGAGAAAGUGGGUUUAUGGUUGGCUGGCGAAUGUGAGUAGCCGGCGUAGAAGUAUAAUCUUCUUCUUUCCGGUCCUUUGUGCAAACGCACCGUUCGUUUUUGGACCGACCAAUUCCACGCGCUAUUUCUCAAUUGUAAUCUCCAUCUCUUUCUGCAAUUUUUGUUGCAUUUCACAACAUCAAAUUUUCAUAUCUGUUUCCACUCUGUUCGUCCUCCGGUUUCAUUCUUCUCUCGUUGGCGGCUCUGACUAAUUAAACCACGCUCUCUUUUUAUCCUCCUUUCCGUCAGACAGGAAGCUAUUUCUUCGAGCUCUACCUCCAGUCAGAGGUGGCGGUUGAGCGGUGCCAAUUUACACAAGAAGGUUCGUUAUCUCGGAAAGUGGAAACUUACUGGAGAUCAAUUAAGAUUCUCGAAGUGGCCAGACUAUAAUGGACAGUGUUGUUUUUAACUGUUUAUUUAUAUUACUUUUUCGUAUAGCUUGUUCUGAAUUCUGAUAUGCUUAAACACCAGAUUAUAACGAGUGGGUCCCAUCAUGAUCGUACUCACAGUCUACUCGUUCGUUUCUACUUUUACGAGAGGUUUUGCUUGUUGGAUCAGAAGUUGAACAUAAUAUAAGUUGUGAUGACUUGUUUCUGUUUUGGUCCUAAAAGAAACAGAGAUUCGUCGGCUGCACAAACAAUUGCCGUUGUUGAAGAGAUUUCAAAUAUUCCGAACGUUCGGUUGUACUCAUACGAAGAACUUAGAAAAGCAACUGAAAAUUUCAGGUCUGAAAACAAACUUGGACAGGGAGGUUUUGGAUCUGUCUACAAGGGAAGGCUUGGAAAUGGAACUUUGGCUGCCAUAAAGGUACUAUCCAUGGAUUCAAGCCAAGGGACACGGGAAUUUUUGGCAGAAAUCAAUGUGAUCUCAGUUAUAAAUCAUGAUAACCUGGUUAAGUUGCGUGGUUGUUGUGUGGAAGGGCAGCACCGGAUCCUGGUCUAUCCUUACCUAGAAAAUAGCAGUCUUGACAAGAUGCUUUUUGGUGGUAGAGGACAUAGGAAUAUUCAAUUCAAUUGGCAAACAAGGCGUAAAAUAUGCAUUGGCAUUGCACAGGGGCUAGCGUUCCUUCAUGAGGAAGUUCAGCCGCAUGUUAUACACAGAGACAUCAAGGCAAGCAAUAUCCUGCUGGAUAAGGAUUUAAACCCAAAAAUUGCUGAUUUUGGUCUUGCUAGACUACUCCCUGCUCACUUGACUCAUGUUAGUACACGUGUUGCCGGGACAGUAGGUUAUCUUGCACCUGAAUUUGCCAUACGGGGGCAAGCGACAAGAAGAACAGAUAUUUAUAGUUUUGGUGUCUUACUUUUGGAGAUUGUUUGUGGGAGGUACAACAUAAAUAGACGGUUACCUGCUGAAGAACCGUAUCUUCUUGAAAUGGUGUGGGAGCAUCAUGAGAAAGGGCAAUUGUUGGAAUUGGUAGACAUAUCAUUACGUGAAGACUUUGUGACGGAGCAGGCCUGUAGAUACUUAAAAAUCGGUCUUCUCUGCACCCAAGAUAUGCCAAAACUCCGGCCAUCUAUGGCUACUGUUGUCAAGAUGCUAACAGGUGAAAUUGAUAUAUCUGAUCAAACAAUAUCCAGACCAGGAAUGCUUUCAGAGUUCAUGCUUCGAAAAGAUGUACUAGGCAAGAAAGGCGAGUCAACAGCUGAAAACUCUUCAUCAUCAGGACACAUGGACACCUCAUAUGCUACGAUAACCUUCGAUUCAAUAUUUGAUCGUAGUAACUGAGUUAGAAAUUAUUUGUUGGUUAGCAAGCCUUCUAAUUAAAGGGAGGUAUAUAUUUAUUUUUUGUUCUAUCAUGAGUACAUGAAGUCUAUUCUACUAUGGCACUUUUUCCACUUUCAUGUGUCGGUAUCUAACCUUGUCAUUGUAGGAAUUUUUAGUGAUGAAUUUUCAUUGAAAAUCACAUGACGUGUUGUGUUCUCGAGGUGUAUAUCGAACUAUUCUUUGUAUUCUUGGUUAUGUUAGUAUGAACAAAUGUAUCAAUAUUUGCACGUAAAGGAUAUAGAGCUGCUUGAUGUGUUGUGCA